AUGGGUUCCACGAUCAACCCUCAAGCACGAGGCUACGAGACCGUCAGCCUAUCUGAGAAGGAAGAGCUGCCAUCACGCCCUCUCCUUGCUCAUGGCACGCAACUCAAUCCCGCUCAGCGCCUGAAGUGCAAGCUGCCUGUUCUCCUGGCUUCCUGCGCCGUCUCGCUCGCCGUUUUCUUCGCGUUCAACAUGCUUGCGUGCAACGACACCCUGUUCGGCAUCAAACCGCGUCCAUCCGAGCCCUCCACUACGCAAGCACCGUUCCAAGCCCGAGAUUACCAGAGUUCUUCGCAGGAGGACUGCCCAUGCAAGCCCACGUCCACGGUACCCGACUAUUUUAACACCAGCCCAGGCCCGUGGGUUGGCAAGACGGCUACAGGCAAGGCCCCCUUUAUGGCCCAGACGAGAACCCUUGACCAUGCUGCUACUUAUGUGCCCAAUGCGCCGCUACAGACGCAGGUGCCCGUUCAGGGCUGGCAGCCGGGUAACUUGAGCAUUUUUGACAUGAUGGGAUUUCUGACGCCUUAUACGCCCUCGACCGGGUUUGGAGUGGAUGAGUGGCCGCUGCCUGAGGGCGCUGAGAUUAUUUGGCUUCAGAUGGUUUCUCGCCACGGCUCUCGCUAUCCCACAGGAGGCUCAAACGUAGAGUCUUUCGGUGCCCGCCUUGCCAAUGCGACUGGCAAGUUCAACGCUACGGGUGAACUCGAGUUCAUGAACAACUGGAAGUAUCAGAUGGGAACCGAGAUUCUCGUCCCCAGAGGUCGCCAGGAACUGUUCGACUCUGGCGUCCUUCACGCUUACAUGUAUUCGUCGCUUUAUGACCCCGAGACCAAGAUCAUUGCUCGUACGACGACCCAAGACCGUAUGAUGAAGUCGGCUGAGAACUUCUUAGCUGGUAUGUUUGGCCUCGAAUGGACCCACAACGUCACCCUGGAAGUUAUCAUUGAGGGCUACAGGCUGAAUAACUCUUUGGCUGGUUACAUGAACUGCCCCAAUGGGACCGAGGACGGUCCCGGCUCUGUGGCCCGCGAUAUCUGGGUCGGCAGCUACUUGAAGGAUGCUACUGAGCGAUUCUCCAAGCUCGUUACCGGCUAUAACUGGACGGUCGAUGACACUUAUGCCGCCCAGACCUUGUGCGCCUACGACACCGUAAGUGGAAUCCUUCCCUCCAUCCCUCCCCCCUGCCUAGUGUCCCAUCUCAAACUCACAUUUCCUCCACUGAAGGUUGCCAACGGCUACAGCCGCUUCUGCUCCCUGUUCACCUACGAAGAAUGGAUUGGCUUCGGCUACUCCCACGAUCUCCAAUUCUACGGCAACAGCGCCUUCGGCUCCGAGACGGGCCGCGCCGUCGGCAUUGGCUUCCAGCAGGAAGUCCUUGCCCGCCUCCAAAACCACACCAUUGCCUACUCUGAAACCCAGCUCAACACAACCCUCGACAACAAUACCGUCACCUUCCCGCUCAACCAAUCCCUAUAUCUCGACUUCUCGCACGACACCAACAUCAUAUCCAUCCUCACCGCUUUCGGGUUAACCCAGUUCGAGCAGGAUCUCCCUACCGACGUCUACCCGGGUGACCAUAAUUUCACCGUGUCGCAUAUCACGCCGUUUGGCGCCCGCUUGGACAUCGAGAUUAUCAAGACGCCGAAGCCGGUGAAGGCUGAUCGGAGCGGGUAUGAGGAUCAAGGGGAGGAGACCAAGUAUGUCCAUUUUGUGCUGAAUCAGAGGACGGUACCCCUUGGGUGGAGCCAUCCGGAGUGUGAUGCGGAAAGGGUGGAUGGGUGGUGCGAGUUUGAGACUUUCUUGAAGGUGCAGGAGAAGAUGCCCGGGUUGGCGAAGUAUACCGAGGUUUGCUUUACUAAGGGGGGAGGCGCCUAG